GCAUCAUGUACCAUGCUGUAACACGCUUCGCUGCGUCUCGCUGCACGUUGUUCUGUCUGGAAUGUAAUUUUGCAACAAUUUUAUUGGCUGUUGUUUCAUAAUUUCAAUUGAAAAGCAUUUUGAAUCACUCCUGGAAAGGUAAGUUAUGCGUACGAGGUGUUUAAGCCUAUUUCCAAAUGAAGACUAAGAUAAUGGACAAGAAAGGAAAGAAACGGUCGCUUAGUGAAACUUCUGUUUCCAAAGUAAAAUUGAAUAAAAAACAAGAAAAUGUUAAUCAAUUUAAUAAGAGUCCCAAAAGAGCCAAAAUUACUGGUUCUAAGCAAAAUGGAAAUCCCGCAUUGACGGGAAGAGCCCAAAUCUCAAAAGUAGUAGACAAGCAGAAAAAAGAACAGAAUAAGAUAAUUGAACAACAAAGUAACAUAAUGAAAUCGGAAACCAAGAAAGAUACAAAAGAAAUUGCAAAAUUAAUGAUCGUUAAACCUAAGAAUGAAGCUAUUGGUAAAAGCAGCAGUCGGCCAAGGAAGAGACAUCCUUAUAGAACUAUUACUCUUACUGCAGAACAGAUAACAAAAAAGAUAACAGAAAUCAAGAGCAGAGAAGUGCUGUCGAAGAGAGCACACAGAGUAUUAGGUAAACUUAACAGAAAAUUGAGGGAAAUUGUGAAUGAGUCAGAGAAAUUGGAUACAGUAGGGAAGAAAAAUAAAAAAAUUGAACAGUGUGCAAAUGCAUUGAUGAAGAAUAAACAGAAAGUUAAUGAUGAAAAUAAAGUGAAAGUAGAAAAGCAACAUGUACAAAGUAAAAGUAAACCACAAGAGGAAGAUGAAAACGAUAGUAACAUUGAGGAAGAUGAAGACAUAGACAGUGACAUUGAGGAAGAAAGUGACGAGGAUGAAAGUGACGAAAGCGAGGCAGAAAAUGAAUUUGUUGAUAAUAAAAAAUUAGAGAUUGAUAAUGAAAGUGAUAAAGACGAAACUGAUGAAGAAGAUGAAGAAGAGGAAGUAGAGGAAGAAGAUGAAGGGGAUAUAGAAGAUGAAGAGGAUGUAGAAGAUGAAGAGGAUGUAGAAGAUGAAGAAAAUGUAAAAGAUGAAGAGGACAAUGAGGACGAGGAGGAGGAUGAGGAGGACGAGGAGGACGAGGAGGACGAGGAGGACGAGGAGGAUGAGGAAGACGAGGAGGACGAGGCUGACAAGGCUGAAGAAAAUAUAAUAAAAAAAACAAGAAUUUCAGAAGUAAGACAAAAAGAUGUACAAAAUAAGAAUAAACAAAUUCCUCAAUCUUGGGAUAAUCAGAAAAAAGGAGAAGUGAAUAAGAAGCGAUAUGUCCUAUUUGUGGGUAAUUUACCACUAAAUAUAACUGAGGAUGAGAUCAAACGACACUUUUUGACUAAAGUUGGUACAAUAACUAGCAUUAGAAUUCCAACUAAACCAGAUAAAACACCACGUGGCUUUGCAUAUGUGGAGAUGACAAAUCAUAUAGAUUUUGAGAAAGGUCUCUCGUUAAAUCAUACAUUUUUAAAGAAAAAGAGGAUCAAUGUCCAAUAUUCGAUGCCCAUGAACAGCAAAAAAACAGAUACUACUAAAAAGCUUGUAGUUGCCAAAAAUAUGAAGCUACAAGCACUUCAGAAGGCUGGAAAAUUAGCUGACGGGAAUGAAAAAAAGAAGAAGCUAUUUAAAAAAGAGAAAUAGGACACUGACCGAAAUAUAAUGAAGUGAAAAGGACUAUUUGCAAAAUGUCUGUUUUCGCAGUAAUUAGCAUUUUGAAUGAAAGAGUAAAUUUAAGAAGAAAAAAA